GAAUGGGCACCCUGCACUGUGAUCCUGGCAUUGGGUAUGGGGCACCCUGCACUGUGAUCCUGGCACUGGGAAUGGGUGUCCUCUGCUGGAAACCAGACAUUGGGAAUGGGGCACCUUGUACUGGGCACCUGGAAUCUGGCACUGGGCAUCCACACCUGGCACCCAGUACUGAGAACUGGGCACCCAGCACUGAGCACUGGGAACUGGGAAUGGGCGCUUCCUGCACUGGGAAUGUGGCAUCUGGCACCAGGAAUCAGGACUGGGAACCUGGCACUGCAGAGCCAGACAUGGCACCUGGUACCAGGAACUGGGCACUGGGAGCAGGGCAUCCUGCACUGGACACCCAGCACUGAGAACUGGGAUGGGGCAUCCUACAGAAGCUGCCCAAACACUGGGAACCUUGCACAGGACACUGGGCACCUGGAACCGGGCACUAGGCAGCUGCUCUGGGCACUGGGAUUCAGGAACUGGCAGCAGGAUCUCUGCAGUAUGAACUGGGCACUGAUGUGGCACAGGCACCCCAGGCUGCCCACUGGGAGCCCUGUGCCCGUUAUUGGGUGCCCCAUCCUGGGUUCCAGUGGAAUCCAGUGGUCACUGGUGGGAGCAGAGCAGUAACUGCAGAGCCUGGACUGGGAGUUUGCUGCCACCAUUACCCCAGACAGGCAGGAGGUACUGGGAGCCCUGGUGGGGGACUGGGCAUCACGUGCUGGGCACUGGGACAUCCUGCUCUGGGAACUGGGCAGGGCACACUGGGAGCCAGGUGCUCCUUACUGGGAGCUCUGGAGUGUCCCAGUGGGCUCUCAGCACUGGGACUGGCUGUCCCAGACUGGGCACCAGCCAUGGUGCAUCUCAGUGGGGCUGGGUGCCCAGUGUGGCACAUCUGGAUGGCACUGGGCACCCAGUAUGGCAUAGCCAGGCAGGCAGGACUGGUUAUGCAGUGUGGCACAGCUGGAUGGAACUGGGUGCCCAGUAUGGCAUGGCCUGAUAGGACUGGGCAUGGCCUGGGCACCCAGUUUGGCACAGGUGGCCAGGUCACCACUGCCACUGGCUCAGUGGCCACCAGUGCCCCCAGAAGAGAGCCCAGGCACAGCCAGUGGAGCCACGAGUGUAUGGGAACCAGGGUGACCCAGGCGUGUCACAUCCUGGGACCAGGACGUUCCCAGGGGUGCCGUGUGCCAGGACGGGGAUGUCACACCCUAUCCAGGAUGGGGCUGUCCCCAAGGGUGUCCCAUCCCAGCACCACGGUGUCCCCAGGGAUGUUUCAUCCCAGGGCAAAUACGUCCCAAGGAUGUCACAUCCCAGGAGUGUCACAUCCCAUACUGGGAUGUCCCCAGGAACAUCCUGCUGGCACUGGGCUGUCAGGAUGGGGACCCUGGAGAUGGUGACACACCACAGGGCGACGUCACUCACAGGAUGAUCUGUCUCUCUGGUCUAAUUUUGUCUGGUUUAAUUGUUCCAGGAGCAGGAAUGCCAGGAGCACCCCUCUGUGGGAGCACCGGGACCGUCCGUGUGCCAGCCACUGACAGGAUUUUGUCUCUGGCAGGAUCAGGGUCAGAGCUGGAGGAGAAUGGCAAGAGUGGCAGCAAGAAACUGGACACCAUGACCCUGAUUAAGGAAGACAUGGACAUCUUCGGGCACUGCCCUGCGCACGACGAGUUCUACCUGGUGGUGUGCAACCACUGCAGCCAGGUGGUGAAGCCCCAGGCCUUCCAGAAGCACUGUGAACGCCGCCAUGGCCCCCUCAGCAAGCUCUAUGCCCGUGCCACCGCGUGCCACGUCGCCGUGAACGGGCAGCCGGUGCCUGGCAGGACGCCCGGGGCAGCCAAAGCCCUGCAGGAGAAGCUCCCUGGUGCCCGUGGCAGAGCCCAGCCCCUCCCUGAGCACACGGACAAGGACAACAACCUCUGCUUGUUUGUGCCCGUGGUGAACCUGGAGAAGAUUCCCAGCAUUCCCAAACCGGACGGGCACGGGAUCAAGGUGCCCCCCAAAGCCGUCCCCACCAACUCCAAGGAAUCCCUGGGGAAACCCGCGGCUGCCGCGGUGCCCAAAGAGCCCCCGGUGCCCGCCGGGGUCGGGGGGGAUUCCGCCAUGCCGGAGAGCGUCCCUGCUCCGGGGGACAAGGAUGUGGGGGCCCCCAAAGCGCCCCCCAGGUCCCACAGGAAGCUGGCGCGUAAGGAGUGUGACCUGAACCGGCAGUGUGGGGUGCGGAACCCCGACACCAACAAGCUCUGCACCCGCCUGCUGACCUGCAAGAUCCACUCGGUGCACCAGCGCCGGGAGGUGCAGGGCCGGGCCAAGGACUUUGACGUGCUGGUGGCCGAGCUCAAGGCCAGCACCCGCCGAGGGGACCCCCCGAAAGACAGGAGCCCCCCUGAGAAGGACCCACUGCACCCUGCCCUGCAGGACGCCCCCUCACUGCUGCAGCCCCUCAGUACCCCUCCCUGCCGAGCCAGGCUGUCCCACUGCUUGCACCCCCCCAGGGCCCGCCUUUCCUCUGCCAGUGACCCUGAGGAUGCUCCUGCCACCUCUGGGGAGGGGGGCACGGGAGGCCUCCCCCUCCCCCUGCCCAAGGGGGGCAGCCGCGUGUCCAGCGAGGAGAGCGAGGAGGAGGGGGGCGAGGAGCCCCCCCGGACCCCAGCGCGCCCACCACGGCCUCAGGCGUUCUGCACCUUCGGGAGCCGCCUGGUGACCCCGGGCUGUUACGUGUUCGACCGACGGCUGGACCGGUUCUGCGCCGCGCUGGGCUCCAUGCUGGAGCAGCACCUCAGUGCACACAGGUGGAGGAAGAUCCCUCCAGCCGUCGUCCCCCCUCUUCACCUCCCCGCAGCCCCCCCCAGCCCCGCUGCCCCCCUUUACGGCCCUGCAGCCCCCUCCCCGCCCCUGCGGCCCCUCCCGGCGGCGGGGGGCUGCCGGGUCCCCACCAGCCUCACCUACACCGUGGGGUCGCCCCCGGCGGCGGCCGCCUGCAGCCAGCCCGAGUGCGGGGGAGGGGGCACGCAGUCCAUCACCUCCCCCCUGCCCGCCAACACCCCCUCGCCCUCCUUCAGCAAACUGCCCCCCAGCAAGGCCAGCAGAUCCCCCCGGGCACGGGAGGCGGGCACGGACACGGAGCCCCGGCCCUGGCAGCCCCCCGCCACGGCCGGCAGCCCCCCCUACAAACGGACCUGUUUGGGGGACAGCGCCAAGGGCAAAAAUCAGGGCUUGGCUCCCCCCGGCAAGACGAAACUCGCCCCGCCGGCUUCGGCCUCCAUCGCCAUCCUCAACGGGACGGCGCGGGUGCGCCGGCCGCCCCCCGGCCAGCCCUGCCGUGCCCCCCCCGCUGCCCUGGACCCCCAAACGCCGCCGCUGCACGGGCUGGGGCUGGGGGGGCCUCCCCGGGGGCUCUCCGAGGAUGAGGUGAAGAAGCGCAAGAACGCGGCCACCUACUGCCGAGCCCUGAAGGCCAAAGCGCCCGCCCUGCCCGCGCCCCCCGGCCCCCCCGGCCCCGGCAGCUCCGGCUCGGGGGGCUCCAUCCGCAGGAAGAAGCCGGGGACGCCCCUGGGCUUCGAGGAGAAGAGGAGCGCCCUGAAGGUAGGGCUGGGGCCGGGGUGGGUGGUGACCCAAGGGGACCCCCCUGAGGGUCACUGGGACCAGCAGGGAGUGGGAACGGUGGGACUGGGGUCACUGGGCCCUGAGAGGUGCCCUGUGCUGGGGGGUCACCAUGGUCUGGAGGGGGAAAGCACCGGGACAUCCUGGUCUGUGGGGGACACCCGGUCCUGUAGGCGAGAUCUGUUCCUGUGGGGGGACACCCUCUCGUGUAGGGGACACCCUGUCCUCUGGGGGGACGCCCUGUCCUGUAGGGGACAUCCUGGUCUAUGGGGGGACACCCUGUCCUGUGAGGGAUACCCGGUCUUGUGGGAGGACACCCUGUCCCAUAGGGGACACCCUGUCCUAUGGGGGGACACCCGGUCCUGUGGAGGAACACCCAAUCCUGUAGGGCACACUGGUCCUGUAGGGGACACCCGAUCCUGUAGGGGACAUCCUGUCCUGUAGGGGACAUCCUGGUCUAUGGGGG